GCGGGGAGACGGGGGUAGUCGCUGCCUGCUCUCUCCUCCUGCGUCGUCUUGCGCGCACUUGGAGUCCUCAUCUCUCCAUUCGCGUCUCCACACCUCCACGCACCGGGACUCGCCUCUCCCUCUCCCCCUCUCUCUCUCUCGCUCUCUCUUUCAGGGGGUGUUUUAAGUUUUUAGAAGACGAAACAAAUUCAGUCAUCAAAUGGUUUACUGGCGAGGAGAUCCUCUAUAUUCCAAGAAGAGACUGACUACCAGGCGUUUUUGUUUAUUUCUGAAGCGGAGACCUGUUCGCUUGGAAUGAUUGGCUUUUUCUUCAAAAUGAGAAAGUCUGAGAAAUGUCUUUUUCGGUGGACGACGCAGACCGCAUCCCUGCCAUAAUGCACAGCCAAGAACAACAAACACAAGCGAGUCUUUGCAUCCCCAUAAGAAUAUCGGCACUGACAAGAACUCAAAGAUCUCUGAGCGCUUAAUGCCAUUAACUCCAUUACUGCCAUAAACGCCCGCCACUGAGGAGCCUGUGUCGCCCGCCACUCUUCCAUCUCCGCGCUGCCACCGAGAAGAAGCUCUUUCCUCUCAACCUUUUGAACUCCGUCGCAAUGGAGAAUCUGAGCGAGCUCCAGAACCCGCUGCUGGACAAGAACAGCAAGCACAUGGUCAACGGUUAUGGGGGAGAGUUCCCCAACAACCAGUACCAGGAAAACAUUAUAAAUUAUUUUGCCGGGGGCGGCGGAGGAGGUGAGAGUGUGGGAGAAGUCGGAAAAGUGAAUAAUAACGGCAACAUAGUGAGCGGAGGAGGUUACAGUGCCAACGGGAAGGUGAAGACUCAGCAGUUUCUGGAUGCCACCUCGCUGCAUCUGGCAGUGGAGGCCUUCUACAGGCCCAACUUCAUCUUGUACAAGGAGGACAGCGGCAGCAUCAAGGCUAAGGAAUACAAAAGCGAGUGCUGCGAGACCACCUUCACGGAGAAGAAGGCGAAGGACGUGUCCAGCCCGGCGGGGGCGGACACGCCCAGCACGGAGGAUCCUCAGAGCAAGCUGCUGGAGGACGGCGAGCACGUCAAGAUCCAGACAGUUUCUUAUGAAGUGGAAGAGGAGGAGUAUGUGGAGUAUGAGACAGACUGCUCCAGUGACACUGAGAGUGAAGAUAACUUCAUCGUUGUCCCGCCACGAGACCACCUCGGCCUGGCUAUAUUCUCCAUGCUCUGCUGUUUCUGGCCUUUGGGGAUUGCAGCCUUUUACUUCUCGCAGGGGACCACCAAGGCGGUGAAUAAAGGUGACUUCCCACUGGCCAACAUCGCCUCCCGGAGGGCUUUGUUCCUCGCUGCCCUCUCCAUCACUAUAGGAACCGGCGUGUAUGUAGGUGUGGUGGUAGCUCUUAUCGCCUACCUCUCCAAACCGGGACACAUAUAGCAGAAGCACCCUACUUCCACACGACAACCCGCCCCCGAGGGAGCCCGGGAAUAGAAGAACCCCCUCCGGGGAGCAUCAUUGCACCUGCAGACUACGAGUGAAGUUUUUGGGGAUGUACAGCAUUGUUUCCUUCCAUUUUCCUUGGUUUCCAGCCUUCUCUCCCUACAGGCCGUCUGUCAGCUAAGAUUAGCCACAGUGACUGGAGCGAGGUCAGACUGCAGGGCGAGAAGAUGGGGGACUAUAGGGAAAGACAAACUUUUAUUUAUUAAUUUAUUUGUUUGACACGGAGGAUGUAACUAUUGGACAUAUUCCAUGUUGGAGUCUGUUCCACUUUGCAUUCCAUGGACUUCAAAUCUUUGGACCGGUUUUGAGCUUUCCAGACCCCUGGACCCUAGAACUUUGAAGAGAUAAAAUAAACUGAACUGUUUAAGAAAAAAAAAAAGAAUAAUAAUCACAUUACGUCACUCAAACUCUUAAAUCAACACUACUCUGUUGUUAUUUGUUGUUAAAAUUGGAACGUCUCCGUGGAGUCUUAGCUGCCGUCUAAGUUUGUCACAUAGGAGUGUGUUAAAUACACCGCAAUCCGUGUUUAUCGACUCAAACCUGUCGUGGGCGGAGACGCUCACAGCAGGGGACGCCAUGAAGAGAAGCUUCAUGACCACAUCCACAGACUUUUAAAUCCAGAGAAAUACACAGUGAGGAAUAAAAAAAGAAAUGUACAGCUGAAGAACAAUCCUUCAUAGGAAAAAAAGUGUUUUCUUUUUUUUCUUUAAGACUAUUGCAAUGGCAUGAAUUACACAAAAUCUCAUUGGAGCCUUAUGGUAUUCCUCUUCAGAGAACUUUCCCAUCUAUCAAAGACGCGACUGAUGAAUGCCCCGGAACUGGUCACGCAGUUAUGGUUUGCUUAAAAACACAUAAAUGUCCUUUUUUUGUGUGUGUGCAUUUGUGUCUCCUUGUGAUCCCGGCUGUCCAAAGGAACCUUCACUCAUCUCAUUUUAAGGAAUGUACAAGCACAGACGUGAGUUGGUGAAACGGUUGGAAUUUCAGGGAAAAUGGUUCCCAGUGUCUGCAAAAUAAAACCCCCCCAGCUUGUAAUAUGAUGUGUAAUGAAGCGUUGAUCAUUUACAAUGGAUGAGAAGAUCAUAAAUCAGGUAGAUAAUGUCAUUAUAAAGCAGGUUAUGUGUCCUUCAGGGCUGCAGAAAUAAACAAAAGUGCUGCUCUCUGACAGCUUUGAACUAUGCUUCAGUAAGUUACGUAUUCUUUGCAUGGGUCUAGUUAGUAGCAGUACCAGCAGUAUGUUGCAGCGCAUGAUUGGUUGGAUUUGGAAACUUUGUUUUUGGUCAGAACAUGAAACAUUUUAAAUAAAUUUGAUCUUUUAAGAGCCUCAUAUUUUCCCCAAUCCCCCUGAAUCACCCCAGCAAACAAAACGGAGGACAUUUUGCUUGAUGAAGUACUGAGACGUUUCAAUUCGUUCUUUGGAGCUUUCAAGAGUUCUUCAUUUUUAUUUUUCUUCUAAGAACGGCUUGUUAAUCACUUGUGUUUGCAUUUGUGCUUCUGCUCUGUAGAUGAUAAAUUAGGCAGAUGCUUCAAAGUUCCAAGAGGUUCCAUCCAACGCUUCCCUGCACAAGUCCUGCAUUCGUCGCAGCUUUGGUGUGAAAUGAGCUCCCACGUUGCUGCUUUUUCAGAGAGAUUGUGGAUUCUCAAGAGCCUAACUUAAAUCAUUUCACUAAUUAGCCACUUUUGGUGCUGUUUACUGCUGUCGAACUCUGCAUGUAAACAGUCCCUUUAUCCAUCCCUGGCUUUGGGUCGACUCUGCUUAUGCUAAUAAAAAAAAAAGGAAUAUUCUUUCCAUCUUUUUCCAUAGAAGUUUCAGUUUUGGUUUCCUUCAAUUAAAAGACUGCAAGUUUUGCACCAAUCAGCCACGGCAUUGCUGUC